UGUGUGUGUGUGUGUGUGCAGCGCUGCUGCAGGGCUGCGCGUGUGGCGCUGAGGAAGAUCCAGCAUCCUCCUCCUCCUCCUCCUCGAGCUCACGGAAUUCGGUGUUUUCCCGGGAAUGUCGCGGGCGCGCGCUGUGUGUGAUGACGGUGGCGUCGCGCGUCAUUGAGCUGUAGGGAAGGGCGCGCGCGUGUGUUUGUGUGUUCAUCUGUGAGGAGAAUCAAAGUGAACUGGCCUUAGCUCUCGGGCUAACGUUAGCUGCUAGCGCUGCUGUUUGUCUGAGAUCGUCCAGCAUGUGAACGGAUCCGAGAUGUCGCUCGACCCUUAAAUCACUUUCUGCACAACCGAAAGUGAGCGCUGUCCUCAGCCCAUCGUUCGCCUGCUCUUCACCUUCAGCCUCGGCCUGACCGUAAUCACGUUUUGAUGCAGGUUCGUGAGCAUCAUGACCAAAUCAUACGAGUUCAACUGGCAGAAACACAUUCCUGAUUUCCUGCAGGAAGGAGCCGUGUUUGACCGAUUUGAUGAGGAUCCCUUCGUCUUUGAGCCCAGCUGUCUUUUCAAAGUGGACGAGUUUGGCUUCUUUCUCACGUGGAAGAGUGAUGGAAAGGAAGGUCAGCUUCUAGAAUGUUCUCUGAUCAACAGCAUCCGUCCUGGAGUCGUGCCGAAGGACCCGAAGGUGCUGGCGUCUCUGGAAGCGGCGGGGAAGAGCGAGGCGGAUCUGGACGGUCGGAUCAUCUGUGUGUGCAGCGGCACGGACCUGGUCAACCUCAGCUUCAUGUACAUGGUCACAGACAACACGGACACGGCCAAGAAAUGGAUGGAAGGCCUGAAAUCAGUGAUUCACAACUUCAAGGCGAAUAAUGUGUGUCCGAUGACUUGCCUGAAGAAACACUGGAUGAGACUCUCCUUCCUAACGAAUGUCAAUGGAAAAAUCCCGGUCCGAGGGAUCACUCGGACGUUCGGCUCAGGUAAAACGGAAAAAGGGAUCUUCCAGGCUCUGAAGGAGCUCGGUCUGCCCAGUGGGAAGAAUGAUGAAAUCGAGCAUUCGGCCUUCACCUUCGACAUCUUCUACGCUCUGACGCAGAAGAUCUGCCCUCGAACGGACAUCGAGGAGCUCUUCAAGAAGAUCAACGGAGACAAAAGUGAUUAUUUAACCGUAGAGCAGUUAGUCAGCUUUCUGAAUGAAAACCAGCGAGACCCUCGACUCAACGAGAUCCUCUUCCCCUUUUAUGAAGCCAAACGAGUCAUGCAGAUCAUUGAGAAGUACGAGAGAGAUGCCGACUUGAAAAAGAAAGGUCGGAUGUCCAGCGAUGGUUUCUGUCGAUAUCUGAUGUCGGACGAGAACGCGCCGGUGUUUCUGGACCGUCUGGAUCUGUGUCAGGAGAUGGAUCAUCCUCUGGCUCAUUACUUCAUCAGCUCUUCACACAACACCUACCUGACGGGCCGGCAGUUCGCCGGGAAGUCCUCGGUCGAGGUGUACAGACAGGUGCUGCUGUCCGGCUGCAGGUGUGUGGAGCUGGACUGCUGGGAUGGUAAAGGUGAGGAUCAGGAGCCCAUCAUCACUCACGGGAAGGCCAUGUGCACAGAUAUCUUGUUCAAGGAUGUAAUUCAAGCCAUAAAAGAAACGGCGUUCGUGACGUCUGAGUAUCCCGUCAUUCUGUCGUUUGAGAACCACUGCAGUAAAACGCAGCAGUAUAAGAUGGCCAAGUACUGCGAGGAGAUCUUCGGAGAGCUGUUGCUGAAGCAGCCGCUGGAAGGAUUCCCAAUCGAAGCCGGGCAGCCGCUGCCGUCACCCAACGACCUCAAGCGAAAAAUACUGAUCAAAAACAAGCGCUUGAAGCCGGAAGUGGAGCAGAAGCAGCUGGAAUCAUUUAAGAAGCACAUGGAGGCUGGAGAGAUGAGCAUACAGACCGGAGAAGAUGAGAACGAUGAAGAUCUUGACAGUGCGCUGGACGGUAAAGAGUUAAACUCAGAUCUGAAGAGCAGCAACAUGUCCGAGGAUCCAGAUCCAGAAGCUCAGGACAGCAUCAGGAAGAAGGUCCCAGAUGAUGAUGUGACUGAGAUCUCAGAAGUGACUGAAAUGACGGACGUCACAGACGUGUCAGAAGCGUCGGAUCCGGAGAACAAGAAGAAGAGCGGAGACUCGGCCGAAGACGCCGACGCGGAGCAGCAGCUCAUCGCCUCCUACAAGUAUGAAGGAGCCACCACCAACAUCCACCCGUACCUGUCGGCCAUGGUCAACUACGCUCAGCCCGUCAAGUUCCAGGGCUUCGAGGUCGCUGAGGAGAGGAACAUCCAUCACAACAUGUCGUCUUUUAACGAGUCUGUGGGUUUGGGCUAUCUGAAGACCAACGCCAUUGAGUUUGUGAACUACAACAAGCGGCAGAUGAGCCGCAUCUACCCCAAAGGAGGUCGCGUGGACUCCAGCAAUUACAUGCCUCAGAUCUUCUGGAACGCCGGCUGCCAGAUGGUGUCUCUGAACUUCCAGACUCCAGAUCUGGGCAUGCAGCUGAAUCAGGGGAAGUUCGAGUAUAACGGCGCAUGCGGGUAUCUUCUCAAACCAGACUUCAUGCGCCGCGCUGACAGAAUGUUUGACCCCUUCUCUGAGACCCCAGUAGAUGGAGUGAUAGCAGCAACCUGCAGCGUACAGGUGUUCUCGGGUCAGUUCUUAUCAGAUAAGAAGAUCGGCACGUAUGUGGAGGUGGACAUGUAUGGCCUUCCCACCGACACCAUCCGGAAAGAGUUCCGCACACGAAUGGUGAUGAACAACGGCCUGAACCCGUACUAUAACGAGGAGCCCUUCGUCUUCAGGAAGGUGAUCCUGCCGGAUCUGGCCGUGCUGCGCAUCGCUGUGUACGACGACAACAACAAGCUGAUUGGUCAGAGAAUCCUGCCACUGGACGGACUGCAGGCCGGUUACCGACACAUCUCGCUCCGCAACGAGGGGAACAAACCUCUGUCACUGCCCACUGUCUUCUGCAACAUCGUCCUGAAGACAUACGUGCCUGACGGCUUCGGUGCCAUCGUUGAUGCUCUUUCUGAUCCAAAGAAGUUCCUCACCAUCGCAGAGAAACGUGCCGACCAGAUGCGAGCUCUCGGGAUUGAAACGAGUGAUAUCGCAGAUGUUCCCAACGAAAACUGCAAGAGUGAUAAGAAGGGAAAAGUGAAUCAGGUGAAGACCAACGUGACGCCGCAGAGCAGCUCCGAGGUGAACGCCACACAGAACAACAUCAGCGAGAGCAAGCGCGAUAAUGCCAUUGUGAAUCAGGUGAAUAUUGAAGAUUUGAAGCAGAUGAAGACCUUCAUUAAACUGACGAAGAAGCAGCAGAAGGAACUGAACACGCUAAAGAAACGACAUGCUAAGGAACACAACGCCAUGCAGAAAUCACACUGCACACAGGUGGACAAAAUGGUGGCUCAGCAUGACAAAGAGAAGUUUACGCUGGAGAAGCUGCUGGAGAAGGCCAUCAAGAAAAGAGGAGAAAACAACUGCUCAGAAUUAAAGAAGGAGACGGCCAUAAAGGUCGAGACGCUCACGACAGACCAUAAAGAAAAGGUGAAGGACAUGGUGGCACAGCACACUAAAGAGUGGUCAGAGAUGAUCAACUGUCACAGCACAGAGGAACAGGAAAUGAAAGAUGCCCAUGUGACGCAGCAGUGUGAGCUCCUCAGGAAGCUGCUGGCCAGCGUUCAAGAGCAGCAGACACUGCAGCUCAAGCUCAUCCACGAGCGGCAAAGCAAAGAGAUGAAGGCCAAUCAGGCGAAGACGUCGAUGGAGAACAGCAAAGCCAUCAGCCAAGACAAGAGCAUCAAAAACAAGGCGGAGCGCGAGAGGAGAGUUCGGGAGCUGAACAGCAGCAACACCAAAAAGUUCCUGGAGGAGAGAAAACGGCUGGCUAUGAAGCAGGCGAAGGAGCUGGAGCAGCUGCAGAAAUCUCAGCGAGAGCAGCUGGAGAAGCUGGAGAAGUUCAAUGAGCAGCUUUUGAAAUCACAUCAUGCAAACAGUCAGACUCAAGGCCAAAGACAUGCAGAAGAUGGUGAAGCUGGAGGAGGACAUGGACCGCAGACCGGCCACGGUGGUGUAAGCCCUCCAUCCGUCAACUGAGACCAGAGCCGAGCGUCUUCAUCUGUGCUUCAUCCCGUCUCCGCUCCCGAACCCUGCAGUCUGUAACCCCGCCCAUCCCCCCUACCUCAGCACCUAGCCCCGCCCACCACGGAUAACUCCUCCUCUGCAGCGGCGUCCAGCCAAUCCGGCUCUUACCGUAGCUCCGCCCACGCUGCUCAGACCAGCUCCUGAGGAGUCGGUGGACACACGAUUUUAUACACCACCGUCAUCUUCGUCAUCAUCUUCAUCAGCAGUGCUGCAGCCAACUCAAAAGUGUUCUUUGUGAACUUCUAGCUAGUUAACCGUAGCAGAGUCGGGCAGCGUCUUUCUCCCGUCCCGAGCACUUUAUAUGUGAUAGGAUGUCAAGGAUCUUUGACGAUGUAGCAGAGCUCUAGCUUUCCUCUGUACACUACGAAUGUAGACGCGUCUGAAGCCAGAUCACACGAGUGUCCCGAGCGUUUCAUCCGUUCCUGUUCGUUUUUAAGGUCUUUUAAGGUUUUAAAGGUUGUGUUGUGUGAGGUGCUAUCGGAUUGAGAAGGACGCUGAACUUUGGUUGCACUUGUGUUUGUGUUUUAUUAUUUCGGGUGUACUCUAAAGGUAUUUGUUUUAAAGAGAAGCGAUCGUGCGCUGCAAAAGAAAUCAUGUUCUUAGAUACAAAUAACCCAACGGCUAGAUGACAGGCAAAAGGAUGUCUUGUUUUCUGAAAACUGUCUCAAAAAGAAACGUGCCACCGGUCAGAAAAACGAGGCCAUGGGCAGCUACUUCAGCUUUUUCAGAAAGCAAGACUUCUUGUCGUUCUGCAUCUCCAGAGGUUUAGGUGUUUUUGUUCUGAAAAAUAAGACCGAAAUACCGUGUGUGGUUUUAUUUGAGGGCUUUCGAGAUUAUAUGUAUAUUGGUUGUUGUGAGUUUUCCAUCGGUCGUUUUUAUUCCCUUUCUUCUUCUUCUUCUUCUUCUUCUUCUUUUUUUUUCGCAUCAUGUCUUGGAGUGUUUUGGCAGUGACCACAUAUCUCGUGUGAAAGCAAAGUGCUUUAAACUCCAUCGCUUACAAAAUGUGCCACUAUAUGUCAGGUAGGACAUUUAAAUUAUUUUACAUGAUAAAUGCCAAAAUAAGGGGUUAUUUAUAUAAAGAUACAUAUAUAAAUAUAUUCUAGUGAGUAGUUUAAGACUACAUUUGGUUUCUUAGAAGCUUUUUGCACUAGCUGAAUGUUUUCUGUCGUGCGACUUCCACGUAGACUUUUGCUCUAAUAUUAUAGUUUGCGGAAAAGCAGAUUAUUUUUGCAGAACUGUCGCGCUCUGAAUUUCAUCCGUUUCUAUUCGUUUGUCUCCUGAGCUUUCUGUAGCUUCUCAAUGGACCAUGCUGUAAGUGCUUUUGUAUUUAUAAAUAUAUAUCGUAUUUGUCAAACUUCUAGCAAUGAAAAUACUCAAAAAAUACUGUUGUUAUCCUGCUACUUUAAUACUGUUUUAUAGUAUGUGUACCAAUAAACUAUCCCAGGUGUUAAAUGAAA